AUGGCGUCAAGACACGGAAAGCAUCGGACGUACGCAUCAACUCCAGAUCUGAGCAGGUCGUCCCAUUCUUCCACUUCGCCCCCGUCACCGGGAGUCCUGGAACCGCCGACCAGUACCACAAGCCAGAAGAAGCGAUCCAGACUCUUGAGCGGCCUCCAUCCGUCACAAGAUGUUAUCGGUGGCAUGCCUCUUCCAUGGGAAGGUCAAGACUCUACCUCACCCGACCUGCCACCACCUUCAACCCGAUACACCACAAGGGGUACUCUGAACGGCUUUCAGCAAGGCAUCUACGAUAAUAAAUACCAUCCCAUGGACAAGUUCUUGAGACCAAGAGCUUCAGCAAAGCGUGAGCGGAGACUCAAAGUGCAGUCCACACCCACCGCCGUCGACGCUGAGACUGAACAAUCUGACGGCGAGCACGAUUGCAUGGUGCCAUCUAGCGGCAGCGGCUCGGACGUAGAAGAUGCUGAUGCUAAUGCUGACUCAGAAGAGAGUCCGAUCCAUCCUUCCAGGAAAUCUGCCCCAACACGACGAAGUCAGCGGGAUCGACGGCCCGGAUCUGCUGCAAAACCGAUUUACAACGCCAAGAAGCACCCCAUGGAUGAUAUGCUAGAAGAUAGCGACCACCGGCCAAGGCGCACCAAGAAGCUGAACCUCCCCAGAUCCACCGGUACUAACCAUGCAGACACUCCUGAGGGAGUCAAUCCAGGGCCAGUAGCAACACGCAGGACAGCCACAACACCGUUAAAUCACAGACUCGGAGAUCCUCCCUACUUCCCCGAGGUGCCUCCUACCUCAAUGCAAGAGACGGUCCAGCGCGUGAUGGCACUGGUGAAGGAAGCGAAUCAACUCAUACCACUGUUCCCGGCGAUUGAAUCACACCUUCAAAAAGCGCAGAAAAUACCAAUACAUGUGUACGAGGACACGGGGGUCUUUGAACGCUCCAAGCUCCAAUCAACAAUCCCUCUUCUGGAUGAUUUCGAAAAAGAGAAUGUUCGAGCCGUCUGGCCCGUCAGCAACACUUCCGACGACCCUUUCGAUAACACUGUAUCAAACUUGCACGACCAGAGUGAUGAAGAGAGCAUACACGGCUCCGAAGCACGGCAGCAAAGCGAGGAUAUUGAUCAUCCAAGAGGUAGAAGCUCGGCCUCUCUCAUGCCCCCGCCACAUCCACCAGAUUUGUCUCCUACUCUGCCGAGUUCAAUUGGGUCGACACGGUCUCCUUCCCAGCAGCUCUUGAGUAGCUCACAAAUGAUUCACCAGAGAAUGCGGGAUCCACCCUCAACCGGGACAACUCCUGUACACACACAGAAUGAUGAAGUGCUACCUCGCGGGGGUUUCCGGAGCUUGAAAGUUUUGGCCAACUACCAUGACGACUCAGAGGCGUUUGAAGUUGAUAGCUCUCAAAUCGGCACGCAAUUUGUCACUCAGGUCACCCUUCCGCUCUCUGACGAUGAUGGCCAAGAGUGA